UGUCAACACAACAUGGCUGGAUUACAGAGAGGACACAGCUGUCUUUAUUAGGACAUAUCCAAGGAGAGACUUUCUGUCUGGUUGCUCUAUGACGGCGUUCAGACUCCCGAACUGGACUCUUUACUUUUCUUUAAUGUGAAAUCAGACUGAAGAGAAAAUAAUGCACAAACUCACAAAGGCGCCACUAGCCCUAAACGGACUGGGUCGAUGUCUUAUAACAGAGAAGCACUUACCACCUGUAAAUAUCAUCAGGAGAGGAUUGGUAUGUUCAGAAAAUAGGACAGAUUGUUCUAAAACUGAGGUAUAUGACGUGAUUAUAUCCGGGGGAGGGAUGGUUGGAUCUGCAAUGGCUUGCUCCCUAGGCAUGGAUCCCAACUUGGCAGGAAAGAAGAUUCUGCUCCUAGAAGCUGGCCACAAGAAAGUAAUGGACAGAGUGCCUGACACCUACAGCACCAGAGUCAGCUCCAUCAGUCCAGGAUCAGCCACACUCCUCAGCGGUAUUGGAGCAUGGGAGCAAGUCACAAGGAUGAGAUGCAAACCCUAUAAAAGGAUGCAGGUUUGGGAUGCCUGUUCUGAUGCCCUGAUCACGUUCGAUAAAGAGGACCUGCUGGACGAGAUGGCAUACAUUGUGGAGAAUGACAUCGUUGUGGCUGCGAUCACCAGACAGCUGGAUGCAAUGCCUGAAAACGUGCAAGUUAAGUACAAGACUAAAGUUGUGAAGUACACAUGGCCAAUGCCUCAUCACGCAGCCGAGUCCAUCCCCUGGGUGAAGGUCACUUUGGCUAAUGGACAAACUCUUCAAACAAAGCUGCUGAUCGGUGCUGAUGGGCCAAAUUCAAUGGUUAGACAGAAACUGGGAAUACCCACAGUCAAGUGGAACUAUGACCAGUCUGCUGUGGUUGCAGUGCUACAUCUGUCAGAGCCCACAGAGAACAAUGUUGCAUGGCAAAGGUUUCUCCCAACUGGACCCAUUGCUAUGUUACCGCUUUCUGACACAGAGAGCUCACUGGUGUGGUCAACCAGCCAUUACCUUGCAGAGGAGCUGCUGGAGCUGGACGAGGAGAGCUUCGUCGACGCCAUCAACUCAGCCUUUUGGAGCAAUGAGAAUCAGUCAGACCUAGUUGAGACAGCCGGCGCUUUGUUCCGGGGCGCCCUGUCAGCCAUCAUGCCAUCAGCCGGCUCACCACGGCAGCUUCCACCAAGUGUGGCAGGGAUCGGCCCGAAAAGCAGAGUCAUGUUCCCGCUGGGAGUCGGUCACGCAUCAGAGUACAUCAGGCACAGAGUGGCGCUUAUCGGAGAUGCAGCACAUCGUGUCCAUCCGCUGGCAGGUCAGGGAGUCAACUUGGGUUUCGGGGAUGUGGCUUGUCUCACACAUCUCUUGAGCCAGGCAGCUUUUAAUGGGAAGGACCUGGGAGCUAUACAGCACUUGUUAGAAUAUGAGACGGAACGUCAGCGGCACAAUUUGCCCAUGAUGACUGCCAUUGACCUCAUGAAGCGUCUUUACUCCACCAACGCAGCUCCUGCGGUUCUCCUACGCACCUUCGGUCUGCAGGCCACCAACAUGCUCCCGACUCUUAAAGAGCAGAUCAUGGCAUACGCAAGCAAAUGAUGCACCUGCAGGGACAUCGUCAUCAGUCUUCUCUAAACUUUGAGCUUUAAAAGCUGUAAAGAUUCAUGUAAAAAUAAAAUAAAAGCCUCAUUAUUCA